AAUACUAUUCAUCCAAAUCAAAUCAAAAUCUCAUUUCUAAUAUCAACAAAACAACAUGACAACCAACAAUGCAUGAGAACUCACAUCUAUAUAUUCAUAUAUGCAAUGCAAUGCAGUGAUGUACAAACAAAAGAGAAAUCAAUAUGGCAUUGAUGGUGGAAGACAUAGCAAAGAGAUGGAGGGAGCUCAGCGGGGAAGACAACUGGAAAGGACUGUUGGACCCACUAGACAUCGAUCUCCGGCGAAACAUAAUAAACUACGGCGAGAUGGCGCAGGCAACAUACGAUGCGUUCAACAGUGAAGAAGUCUCACCCUACGCUGGAAGUUGCCGGUACAGCCGGCGAGACUUGUUCAAAAAGGUGAAUUUGUCCUACAAUAACCAUCACACCAACUAUGAAAUAACUAAAUUCAUUUAUGCAACAUCAUCAAUCGACAUGCCGGCGGCCUUCAUACUGAAAUCAUUGUCCCGGGAAGCAUGGAGCAAGGAGUCUAACUGGAUAGGAUUUGUGGCUGUGGCGACGGAGGAAGGGAAGGUGGCGCUAGGGAGGAGAGAUGUGUUGGUGGCUUGGAGAGGAACGGUGCAAGCAUUGGAAUGGAUUAAUGAUCUUGAUUUUAGUAUGGUUCCGGGGGAGAAGGUGGCCGGUGAUGGUGGUGGCAAAGGCCGGCCAAUGGUGCAUAGAGGCUGGCUCUCUAUGUACACUUCCGACGAUCCUAAAUCACCUUAUAAUAAAACCUGUGCUAGAGAUCAGGUGUUGAGUGAGAUAAGGAGACUGAUGAAGAUGUACAAAGAUGAGGAGGACAUGAGUAUUACAAUAACAGGGCAUAGUUUAGGGGCUUCGCUGGCGACAUUGAAUGCGAUCGAUAUCGUAUUUAAUGGAUUGAAUGUGAAGAAAAAGAAGAGCAGAGUGCUGGUGACAGGAAUUAUAUUUGCAAGUCCUCGAGUAGGGGAUUCAAACUUUGAGAGAGUGUUUGGUGAAAUGGAGAGUUUGAGGUUGCUUAAAAUAAGAAAUGCACUUGACCUGGUACCGAACUAUCCGUUGAUAGGAUAUGGGAAUGUUGGGGUGGAGUUGGGGAUAGAUACAACAAAGUCUGAGUAUUUGAAGAGUCCGGGGAAUUUGACAACAUGGCAUAAUUUGGAGGUGUAUAUGCAUGGAGUGGCAGGAGUGCAAGGGAGUAAAGGAGGGUUUAAGUUAGAGGUGCAGAGGGAUAUAGCGCUGGUUAAUAAGGGAGUGGAUGUGUUGAAGGAGAAGUACUCGGUGCCGGUGUCAUGGUGGGUGGUGAAGAAUAAAGGGAUGGUGCAAGGACCUGAUGGUCAUUGGAAGUUGGUGGAUCAUGAAAAUGAUGGUGAUGGUGAUGGUAGUGGUGGUGGUGGUGGGAUGGAGAUGGAUGAUGAGGUGGUUGAUCAAACAGGGAGGUGUUCUUGUUGUUGAUGACUCUGUUGUUGUUUGGCAAGUGAUUUUUAAAUAAUUGGUUUUAUGUGUAAUGUAGUGUUUUUAUUUAUUUUUGGAUUUUUUUUUUUUUUGGUUUUUUCAAGAAUAAAAAAAGGUUUGUUGUUCAUGGUGUUGAUUAGUGACUGAUUGUAAAUUCAAUAUAUAAAGUUCUUGAUUUGUUGAU